GAAUAACAUGACGCAUGUUGCAAGGAGGGGCAAUGUUGGUCUCGAAGCCUGUCAUCUGAACCGUUCUCACGAAUUGCUAAAUUGUACCCGCCCCAGUCUCCGUUUAUAUGAGUACAUAUGCAACGUGCGCUUAGAUAGUCCCUGUUGAAGAAAAAUGGUGCGCAGCUAGAAGAGCAUACAUUGCGCAGCUGGCUCCUGAGUGCUCAGAUCAGACGAUCGUAUUGCCGGAUCGAUUCACACAGAUCCAGCCAGCAAGAAAAUAAGCCCUUAACCAUUCGACUGCCGAUUGCCGAUUUGACGGCGCGUUGUCCGAAGUGGACAUCACCAGUUCUCUACUAGGCCGCGUGACCUUUCCGUCGAUAGCUUUCUCAAAUUUACACAUUUGAUUGUGGAACUUUCUGAACCUCAGCAUUCUUUCAUCACAUACUUCAAGCCUACUGUGUCAGAAAAUGGACGACCAGAAAACAGCAAAACCCAAAAAGGACCUGUCAUUUUCCAUUGCAAAAAUAAUGGAAUCAACCUCAACCGACAGCGCCCGUAAAGAGGUCUCAAAAUCCUUACCGGCUAAACCUAUGGUACGGCCAGCCAAAGCGGCGGCCUGGCCGUAUGCGCCACCGCUGUCCAUAUACGGCGGACUGCCACCAGCUGCACAGAACACUGCGGCAAUACUGUCCAAUCCCAUGGUGUGGAUGUCGCACUUUAUGCAGCCGUCGGUUACCGAUACAUUACGUCGAAUGCAACAACAUUCAGCCGCUGCAGCAGCCGCAGCCGCCGCCGCCCUAUCGAUUCCCACACCAGGAGCACUGCCGCAGCAACCGAUAAUUAAACAGUCCCCAUCACCCUCACAAGCACCACUUCCAUCAAAGCCGUUUUCCGAUCCGUUUGCCAAUUUUGUGGCGGAACAGCAGCACCAUCAUCAUCACCACCACCGUGUGCACCCGGCCAGUAGAAGACCUGGCACACAGGAAAGUCCUAAUAAAAGACGCCAUGUGGAGAAACAUGAGGUGCGCUCAAAUGAACAACGCCCACCAAGUGCCGGUGAAGCAGACGCUGAGCGCCCGGUAAAGGAGCACAGAACAAUGCAGCCAGCCGGUAAGAUUGGAGUGGAUGAAAAAGACAGUGAAGAGGAGGAAGAUGAGGAUGAAGAGGAUUCCAAUGAAAGCAGUCCCGGUGAACAGAUGGAGACCGAUGAGAGCUCAGACCGGAAUGACCUUUCUGCUGGGGCCUCCAAGGGGAAGACCUUCGUCUGUCCGGAGUGUGGGAAAGUGUUUAACGCGCAUUAUAACCUUACGCGUCACAUGCCUGUUCAUACAGGCGCUCGUCCUUUUGUCUGUAAGGUGUGUAACAAAGGUUUCCGCCAAGCCAGUACGUUGUGCCGCCAUAAAAUCAUCCACACAAACGAAAAACCGCACAAAUGCGGCGUUUGUGGCAAAGCGUUUAACCGAAGUUCCACACUGAAUACCCAUAUGCGCAUUCAUGUUGGCUUUAAACCAUUUACCUGCGAGAUAUGCGGAAAAGGAUUCCAUCAGAAGGGAAAUUAUAAAAAUCACAAGCUGACACAUAGCGACGACAAAGCCUAUAAAUGCAAAAUUUGUCACAAAGCCUUUCAUCAAAUAUACAACUUGACGUUCCAUAUGCACACUCAUAGCGAUCAGAAGCCUUAUUUGUGUUACGUUUGCGGCAAGGGAUUUUGUCGCAAUUUUGACCUUAAAAAGCAUAUGAGGAAGCUGCAUGAACAUAUUAAGGGCACUGCGAGUGGGCGGCACGCAAGGUCACCAGAAGAAGGCUACAGCGGUGGAUCAGCUAAUAGUCCUCCAAAUUACAACUUGUCGUUGUUCGAGCAGACCUUCAGUGCAUUUCAUCCCAUGACAGCAAAUCGUCAUAGUCAGUCCUUGUUAUUUCCCCCGACAAGCUCUUUCAUGAGCACAAAGUUAUUUCCAGCGCUAUCAUCCAGUAAAUUAUAAAGUACCUACAAAAAACUAAGAAGCAAAUAAUAUGAACUUAUGAAUUUAAAUGACAGCUUUGUGUUGCUUAUGAAGGUUUUAAUUAUAUGGAACGCUGUAAAUACAAUGCACAUAAUGAUCAUACAACAGCAAGUUUGUUUUAGCAACCUCUCUGAAUUUUAAAGAAUCACUUGAGCUGAUGACUGCGGUAUGAUAAUUGCAAUUACCGGUUACUCAA